AUGAAGUUCAUGUCCAUCUUACUUGGCCUUGUGGUCACCAGCAUCGCACAGCCCAUCGCCAAGCGUGCUGUCUUCACACAGUCAACCUAUGACGAUUUGUCCAUCAGCGGUGGCGUAGCGGGCAACGCCCAACAAGAGGCUCUACAGAAGCUUGGUGGCCUGCCUAGCGACCUGUCAGCCGUCGAGAAAGAUGACCUCGACUUUCUGAAUAGUGUCAAUCAAAUCGCGAAUGACGCGGAAACUGACGCGUUCAACCCUGCUAUUGAUGCAGCCUCCGGAGAAGAAGCCGAUGCUCUCCAGCGUGGCAAGAUAAAGAACAAGGUCCUUAAGCUCACCGCUACCGUCCUUAAACUAGAGGCACAACAGGCCCAAGGUGACGAUGUCUCUGAUAAGCUGGAGGAGGAGAACAAGAAGCUGCAGAACAACAUUGCACAAGAUCAGGAGGCUGCAGGUCAGGCCUCGACAUUCUUGUCAUUCAAUGGCAGUACAUAG